GCAUGCACACAUUAGCCUCUUAGGUCUUAGCUACAACCUUUUUUCUCCCUCCUCCAUCAACCAUGGGUGUGAAGCACACCACCACCACCACCACCACCACCACAAUUCUUUUCACUUCAAUGCUACUUCACCUCUCCAUCAUAGCCAUUGCCAACGAUCCAUGCGCUUCUCAACACGACAACGACGACUCCGACAUCACCAUGAUUCCCAUCUACGGCAAUUGCUCGCCUUUCAAGAACUACUCAACCUCGUGGGAGAACAUCAUCAUCGACAUGGCCUCCAAGGACCCAGAAAGAGUCGUGUACUUGUCUAGCCUCGACGCCUCAUUGAGGAGAAAGCCCAUUUCCGCAGCCCCAAUCGCUUCGGGCCAAGCCUUCGGGAUUGGUAGCUACGUGGUCCGAGUGAAACUGGGUUCGCCGAACCAACUAUUUUUUAUGGUUCUGGAUACCAGCACCGAUGAGGCUUGGGUACCGUGUACCGGCUGCACUGGUUGCUCUUCCUCCUCCACCUAUUAUUCCCCUCAAGCCUCCACCACUUAUGGCGGCGCCGUAGCUUGCUACGCCCCGCGUUGUGCCCAGGCUCGUGGUGCCCUCCCUUGCCCCUACACUGGUUCUAAAGCUUGCACAUUCAACCAAUCCUAUGCAGGCUCCACAUUCUCCGCCACUCUCGUGCAAGACUCUCUCAGAUUGGGCAUCGACACCCUACCAAGCUACGCUUUCGGGUGCGUCAACUCUGCCUCCGGCUGGACGCUCCCGGCCCAAGGCCUAUUGGGCUUGGGCCGCGGGCCCUUGUCACUUCCUUCCCAAUCCUCCAAACUCUACUCCGGCAUUUUCUCCUACUGCCUCCCAAGUUUCCAGUCCUCCUACUUCUCUGGGUCCCUCAAACUUGGGCCCACGGGCCAGCCUAGGCGAAUCCGGACCACCCCGCUCCUCCAAAACCCGCGUCGGCCCUCUCUUUACUACGUGAACCUCACCGGCGUCACCGUGGGCCGGGUUAAGGUCCCAUUACCCAUAGAAUAUCUGGCGUUCGACCCGAAUAAGGGCUCCGGAACCAUCCUAGAUUCUGGCACGGUCAUAACCCGGUUCGUAGGACCGGUUUACAGUGCAAUAAGGGAUGAGUUUAGAAACCAAGUGAAGGGACCGUUCUUCAGCAGAGGUGGUUUCGACACGUGCUUUGUGAAAACCUACGAGAAUUUGACGCCCUUGAUCAAGCUUCGCUUCACGGGCUUGGAUGUGACUUUGCCCUACGAGAACACCCUCAUACACACCGCCUACGGCGGCAUGGCGUGCUUGGCGAUGGCGGCGGCGCCGAAUAACGUGAACUCGGUGCUCAAUGUCAUUGCCAACUAUCAGCAACAGAACCUUAGGGUUUUGUUUGAUACCGUUAAUAAUAGGGUUGGCAUAGCGCGAGAGCUUUGUAACUAGCUAGUUGAACGUGUGUAAUUUUUGUUUGUCUUCUUAAUUGGUACGUUUGUAUUUGCUUGUUUGCUUGUUUAAUUUCCUAUGUUGUUUUGCUUUUUGGACCUUGUUCAAAUGGGUGUGGUGAAUAAGCCGUGUGGGCACUGAUUUGGUUGGCUUUGGAGUUUGGAGUAUUUUCUCAAAAUAAGAUGUGUCAUGUUGUGGACUUGUGGUA